GGAAGCUUGGGAGCCAGUUGGAAAAGCAGAAGACGCAGGAAGUUGAUCUUAUGGAAUUUCUGACAGUAAUGGAAAAUAUUCCGGUUCAGGGCUGUAGUUUAAAAUAACCCCAACUUGUGUUAAAGUGAACAUUCUUAAAGCUCGAGGCUUGAGGAUUUUGGAAAUCAAAGGUAACGGUAAAAUCGAUGAGUUCUGCCGACAGCCGACGUAUCGACAGCUCAGGACUUCUCCACCGAGAGGUGAAAGGAUUUGUCCAGAAAGUCCAUUCCCCUCCCUCGUGCCUAAAUGAUCCAGUGGAGGGAGAAAUCCAGGCCUUCCUCAUUGAUGAAGACCAACUCCACACUUAUGACGACCUCACCAAAGUCAAUCCGGUGACCCCAUUAACAGUGCUGAAAUGCCUGCAGGCCAGGUACAGCGCAAAGGUGUUCUACACCCAUGCUGGCUGCACCUUGGUAGCUCUGAACCCAUUUGAGCCAAUCCCCGACCUCUACUCGCUGGAUGUGAUGAAGGAGUAUCACGGCGCUCCUCAGCCUCAGGAGUUCAAACCACACAUCUUUAUUGUGGCCGAGGAAGCCUACAGGAAUGUUCAGGGCCAGCUGGAGCCGGUGAACCAAUCCUUGGUGGUCAGCGGGGAGAGCGGUGCAGGGAAGACAUGGACGUCUCGUUGCCUGAUGAAAUAUUACGCCACUGUGGCGGCUUCCUCCUCAGUGGUGAAGAGUCAGAACACAGUGGAGAGGAUAGAAAGGAGGGUGCUGGAUUCCAACCCCCUCAUGGAAGCUUUCGGCAAUGCCUGCACGCUACGGAACAACAACAGCAGUCGCUUUGGAAAGUACAUCCAGCUCCAGCUGGACAGGUGUCAGCUGUUAGUGGGAGCGUCUGUGCAAACCUAUUUGCUGGAGAAGACUAGGGUGACCUGCCAGCUGGCUAAUGAGAGGAACUUCCACAUCUUUUACCAGAUGAUGAAAGGUGCCACAGAUGAGCAGAGAAUGGAGUGGAAGAUGCCAUGUAGCCAGAGUUUUUUGUGGCUGCCAAAUGCAGAAAAGACAGUUGAGGAGGAUUGCUUCGAUGAGACUGUCGAGGCAAUGGUUCAUUUGGGCAUUAAUGCAGAAAGGCAGAGACAAAUAUUCAGGAUAUUAGCAGGGAUUCUGCAGCUGGGGAAUAUGAAUUUCUCCUCUUCCAAUGAUGAAUCACAACCGUGUGAUCUAGAUGAACAGUCCAAAGACUUUUGGCAGAGCGCUGCUGAGCUGCUGUGCGUCACGGCCGAGGAGCUUCGGACAUGUUUGAGGGUGAGGACGUUGAAGGCGGGGAAACAAAGUGUGCUGAAGCCCUGUUCCCGGGCAGAGUGCAGCAUGAGAAGAGACUGCCUGGCCAAGGUCAUCUAUGCCCAACUAUUUGACUGGCUGGUUACAUUCAUCAACAACAGCAUAUGUGCAGACAAGUCCAUGUGGUGCAACUUCAUAGGGGUUCUAGAUGUGUACGGGUUUGAAUGUUUCCAGAUCAAUAACCUGGAGCAACUGUGCAUCAACUACGCUAAUGAGAAACUGCAGCAGCAUUUUGUGGCUCAUUAUCUCAAAGCUCAGCAGGAGGAAUAUGUAUCAGAGGGGUUGGAGUGGUCCUUUGUCAAAUACCAAGACAACCAGAGGUGUCUUGAUCUUCUAGAGGGAAGUCCCGUCAGUGUCUUUUCUCUUCUUAAUGAGGAGAGUCGUCUCAAUCGAGUCUCAGACACAAGGACCUUUAUGGUUCGUCUGGAGAAGGAGCUCAGUGUCAAUGCCAACAUCAGCUGGGACAAGUUCAGCAAGGUGCCACACUUCACUGUGGCCCAUUAUGCCGGCAAUGUCCACUACCAGAUAGAGCGAAUGGUGGAGAAAAACAAGGACCCAGUACCGCCAGAGCUCACCCACCUGCUUCAGAAGUCUGACAACCCCCUGCUCCGCCAGAUCUUCUCUGAUAAGGAAACCGAGAACACAACCACCAAGGGGCUCAGUAGAGUCACGGUGGUCUCCAAGUUUAAGAACUCUCUAGAGAGCCUGAUGAAGAUCCUCCACACCACAACUCCUCACUACACUCGCUGCAUCAAACCCAACACAGACUGUAAGCCGCUGACCUUCAAAAAGGAGGAGGUUAUCUUACAGUUGGAGGCCUGUGGGAUUGUAGAGACUAUUCACAUAAGUGCUGCUGGCUUUCCAAUAAGAAUUCCUUUCAAAAGCUUCAUGCAACGCUACGGACUGAUUGCAAAAUAUUCCAAGUCAGGCAGUGUUGAUGGGGAGGCUGACCGCAGCAACACGCUGCGGCAGGAGGUGGAGGAGCUCCUCGGUGUGGUUCUACAGCUCAAGGCGUUCGACCCCUCGCACAACCGGGACAAACCCAAUAUAUGGGUCCACUGUGGCAGGACUAAAGUUUUUCUCACUCAGUUGAUGCUAGAUCCGCUGGAGGAUCAGAGGAAGAAGAUCCUGUCCCAGUGUGCCUUCUCCAUUCAGUGCUGCUGGCUGAGGUACCAGCGCCGCAGGCGCCACGCCCGCCAGCGGUCUGCUACUCUGAUCCAAGCAGCGGUGCGGUCGUGGCUGCUCAGGAGGCAGCUCCAGAGAUGCAACAGAGCCGCUGCAGUCAUCCAGACCGCCUGGAGGAAGAGGAGGGCCCUUUUGAAAUCCUUGGCCGAGGCAGAACUGGACGACGCAAUGGACCUAGCGGAGGAGGACCUGCCAGCUUUGAACGCUGUUAUCAGGGAGCGGGGCUCAGUGCAGCUCUGCUCCCUCCAGGAGCCUGUCUCAGUGCGAGGUUGGCCCAUGGGGCUGGCUCUGGCCUCAGCGCCGUCCGUCACCAUGUCUCUGACAGCCACAGGCUUCCAGAAGAUGGUGUCUGUGAUGGCCUCCCUCAAGCUGCCCUCCAGGAGAAGGGAGUACAAGGUGAAGCCCAAUCAGUACUCGCAGGAGCUAGCCUCCAUACGGGCUCAACCAAAGGGAUCUGUAAAGCUGCACUAUCAGCGAUCUCCACUUCUCUAUGCUGACACGCAACCAGACAUAAAGAGAGAUGUGACGGGAUUCAAUGCGAUUCUGCUGGAAAAAACUUUGUAAGCAAUCCCAAGGUGCUGCACGCCAAAGGUGGAUGUGGUGGGGAAGCAUCUGCACCUUCAUUAUUUGACAGAGCGGGGAUAAAAUGUAAUUUUGUUAAAUGUGGUUAAAAGUCAUAAUUGGCAGUUUUCUCUAACAAUGCCUUUUGCCAUUUUGAUGCAACGACUGAGAACCUGAAUUUGUUUUUACCCACCAGGUUAGGUAAGAUUAUGCACUGUGCCGUGAACCUGACUUCAACGUAAAUCAUCUGUAGUCACCUUCGGGUUCCAUGAACAAAAAAGAUCAAAUUAAAUCAUUGAACAGGUUUUUAGUUAUGAUGUCACUGCAGGACAGAGCCUAUUGAUCAAAGUAUUGGGCCUUUGACAAGUGCCUUUCUUAUAAUCUACACUCAAGUCAAGAAUGGGCUGUCGAUAUAAGUAUUUAUUUUAAAGUGAUUAUUUAUAGGUGAUUUUAGGGAUUUAUAAUGGUUCCUAAAUUGUGUGCACAGGAAUUAAGCAAGUAUUGCACAUUCCAACCACGGACCUGCUUACAUACAGCAACAAGCGGACACAUCGGUGGUGUGAAAUAGGGAAAGCAAAAAAAAUAAAAUAAAGUGAAAUGUUUUAAUAGACAUCUGUAAAAUAUUUGCUUAAUCCGCUUUGUGUGGAUUUUCAUAUAUUGCAGUCUAAAGCAUUAAUGAAAUUACUGCACAACCUACCAGUCUUAUAACAUCAGUCUUCUAAACCACUUUGGCUUUAAGUAACGCAAGUAAUUAUUUGAUUGUAUGCAAUAAUUACUGACAGCUGGUAAUUCUGUUAUAUCUUCAUCUGUUAACCUUUUUCCAGACAGACUCAAAUGUGGGAUUCAGUUAUCAC